CAAAUCAUUAUAAUUGAGCAACAUACUAACUAGUUUAGUACUAAAGAAGUGAAGAGAGCGUUCAAUAAAUAUAAUGAGUCUUCCAACUUUUGCUACAUUAUUACUUAAGGCAACUACCAUAUUGCUCAUCUUGGUAUUGAGCCAUGUUGGUGAGAGUCAUGCUUCCAAAUUGCCAAAGCGUUCUAGGUUAGGUCAUCGCGGUACAUUUGAUGGUCAAGCAACAUUAGAGGGUCGUAAACAUUCACGUAUUUUACAUUCUUCACUAGAAGACGACAAUUCUUUCCCGUUCACUCCAUUUACCCCCUUUACUCCUUUUAGUCCAUUUAGUCCUAUGAGCCCUUUACCUACGAAUCCGUCAAGUCCUUCAAGUCCGAAACCAAUUUAUUCGAAUACUCCAUCGAGGCCUUCGGGUUUGCAAGUAGGCUUCUAUAAGGGUUUAUGUCCUAAACGAAAUGUUGACAUUGAGGCUACCAUAACUAUAAAAGUCCAAGAACUUUUUCGUAAGGAUGCAACUCUUCUUCCGGCUCUCCUUCGCAUGCAAUUUCAUGAUUGCUUUGUCCAUGGGUGUGAUGCAUCAAUUUUAAUUAAUGGACCAUCAUCUGAGAAAACUGCGGGUCCUAAUUUGAGUGUUAGAGGGUACGAGUUUAUUGAUACUUUGAAGGGUGUGGCUGAAGCAGAAUGUCCUGAAGUCGUCUCUUGUGCUGACAUUAUUGCAAUUGCAACAACAGAACUUAUUAAGCUGGGUGGUGGGCCAGUAUAUUCUGUACAAACCGGACGAAGAGAUGGACUCGUAUCUAACGCCCGAGAUGUGAGAAUUCCAAACCCAUCCGGAUCUGCUACCGAAAGUAUCUUAGCCUUUAAGGAAAAAAAAUUUACUCCCGAAGAAAUGGUGCUUCUUUUUGGUGGUGGACACACUAUUGGAAAAUCACACUGUUCAUUCUUCCAAGAUCGACUUUAUGAAGGUACUAGCCAAUUUGACCUAAAUAUGGACUCAAACCUUCGUCAACAACUAAGUCGUACUUGCCCCCGAGGCACAAGAACAAAUAACUUUGCAUUUUUGGACCAAAAUCUACAAAGCUCGAACAAAUUUGACAACUCUUACUUUGAUCAACUCCUCAAAGGACGAGGAAUCUUACCAAUAGAUCAAGCCUUGUCACGACAUCCUUUAACAAGUGGCUUUGUUCGGCAAUUUGCUCAAAAUGGUGCUCUAUUCAAUACCAAAUUUGUAAGAGCUAUGAUUAAAAUGCAAGCCCUUGAUGUCCUCCUAGGUGAUCAAGGACAGAUUAGGAAGGUUUGUAGUAAAGUCAACUAAGUCUCGCGCAUUUUUAUAGCACGGAAUAUAAUAAUAAGUGCCGAGAAUGUCUCAAUUCUCUUUGCGCAAAGAGUGUAUCCCUAAAUUGUUUGAUUUAAAUUGUCUCUAGUAUAUUUGGGCUCUUUUUGAGUUUUAAAUCCUUUUUUCUUUUAAAGGAAAACUCCUUUGUGUAUUAAGCUUUAAACUUUAAUUCUUUUUUGAAAGGGUAAUGGUCAAUUUAGG